GUAUGUAACGGCGCAAGAUGGAAUGCGUUUGCUGGCUGUGCUAUGAUAAAUUAAUGCCAAGAAAAGGUGGGAACGUGGCCACCACGGUUGUUUCCCACAUGAUGAUUGAUGAUGAUUGAUGAUGAUUGAUGAUUGAUUGAUGAUGAUGAUGAUGAUGAUGAUGAUGAUGAUCCAAGGUCUGUCUGUCUGUCCUCGGAACAAGCCUUUCAUCCCAUCUGCAGCAGCAGCCGGAUGCAAGGUCCCAGAGUUCGGAUACAAUACAGUACAGUACUGUACUGUAGACAUCAAUCAAUCAUCCAUCCUAUCUCCUCGCAUCCGAAGGCCACCAAUCCAGACAAUCAGCAAUCUACAGUACCGUACUGUACACAGCAGCUCCACCAUGCAUCCAUUCGUUCUAGACCUCUCUCUCCCCCUCCCUGCUGCCCCAGUUGUCUCACUCAGUCCCCAUCCAUCCCAUCCAUCCCAUCCAUCCCAUCCAUAACCAGGCUCACCCACGCACCAUAUCGCCCCGACUGGCGGGCAACGUCCAAGCUCAUCCGUCCCCGUCCCGAACUCCUCACACUGCACCCACCCACCCACCACCAGCAUCGGAAAUCGCAAAUCCAGGGGUCUUCUAUCUCAUCUCAUAUCACACAUCGAGAAAAAGGUGAAACUGAAACGUCUGUGCGUGCUGCAUGCGUGCGUUUGCGUUGCCUUGGAACAUCCCAUCCUUUAUCCCCGCAAUUUACUUAUCGGGCGGCUCUUAUUUCCCAGGAUCGGGGUCAGUGGUCAUGGCUCGCGCUGCGUCCUGAGCCUGAGCCUUGCAAGCAGCAUACCGGCACACAAGGCAAGGUAAGGUAAGGCAGGGUCAAGGAAAAGAAGAAACGCGUAUGUUUGAUCGCUGGAAGGGUAUAAUUGCUGCACUUGGCGCUCCCAUUCACCAUCCUGGGCCAGC